AUGACAUUCACCAUGCUGCGCUCGGCACCUCCCGCAGGCCGCUUCUUGUACGGCGACAUCGCCCUCCUCUCCGAAGACGACGACGAGAACGGGAGCGAGGGUUCGGGCUCUGAGGAGCAUGGCUCCUCCAACUUCCGCCUGUCCUCCUCGUCGCCAUCUGCCUUUCACAUCAAGAUGAACAGGAAGAGGAAGCUGUGCGGUGCAGGAGGGUGCGCAGGGGUGGACGUAGGGACCAUGAUGGGGAUGCUCAUCCCCCAGGGGUCUCCCCCCCAUGGAGAGGUUCGCCAGAGGACCGCAGCCAACGCGCGGGAGAGAGAUCGCACCAAUUCUGUCAACACGGCAUUCACAGCACUGCGCACACUCAUCCCCACCGAGCCUGCAGACAGGAAGCUGUCGAAGAUCGAGACUCUACGUUUGGCCAGCAGCUACAUCAGUCACCUGGGGAACGUCCUGCUCCUGGGCGAGGGGCUUCAUGACGGACAACCGUGCCACGCUCCCUCACCGCCGUUCUUCCAUGUUAACUCCUCCCCCAACCGAGGAUCUGACCAAUCAGCUCAGCCAAAGCACAUCUGUACUUUCUGCCUCAGCAACCAGAGGAAAUUGAACAAAGAAAGAGACAGGAAGACGGCCAUCAGAAGUUAA